GUACGGGCCACUACUCAACAAGAUGAAAAGCAAAUGGAGAAUACGGCGUCUGAAAUGUGCAUUUUGCGGUGUCGGCAUUUGGUUAUUCGCUUUCUUUAUAUUUUCAACAACUCUUAGGGAAUCUGGUGAUUCCCUGUCACGUGUGAGAAAUGAACACGAAUUACCUGCUGACAUGAAAGUAAGCCAUCGUUCUUCUGUCGCGUCUGAAUAUCUUCAUUUUGAAGCAACGAAAGAGAAUUCAUUCUUGCGAGAAGAGAAGAUAGACGGAUCGACUUUAAAGAAGUAUGAUAAUGAUGCUUUCCUAAGAACUCGGUCUUACAUCGUGAAUCCUUUAGACCACGCGCUUCUGAUUUCCCCGAGAGAGAACUGUAAAGGGAAAGUUGUUCUGUUAGUGAUGGUUCUUUCCCAAUAUUCAAACACUGAUCGAAGAAACGUAAUACGGAAAAGUUGGGGAGGCAAAUACGAUGGUUUAGACGUGAGGACAUAUUUUAUAUUCGGUCGGCAAAAGACCGCUCUUUGGGAUGAAGACCUUAGGCUAGAGAGCGAAAAGUAUCAGGACAUCAUACAGUACGACUUUAAAGAUACUUACGAAAAUCUAAUUUACAAGUCUCUGUCAAUGCUGCGAUGGUCCAAUGAACACUGCAAAAAUGCAGAUUUUGUAUUAAAAGUCGACGAUGAUGUCUUGCUGAUGACACCGAACCUGUACUCCAGACUUUCCUCACUCAAACCUGAGGGCGUCCUUCUAGGUUAUACGAACCCAAAGUCCAUGGUACUCAGGGGAGGCAAAUGGAAAGUUCCUUUUGAUGAAUUUCCAUUUUCUAAAUUCCCGAAGUAUUUGUCUGGCAUGGCAUACGUCAUGUCACAAGAUGUUGUAGAAACCUUGCUGAACGCUGCCAGACGCGUCCCCUUAAUCCAGGUGGAAGACGCUUAUAUAACCGGCAUCCUGGCUAAUAUCACCAACGUGCAUCAUAUAAAGGAUCCAUAUUUCCUUUUUGCGAGAAAAUACUAUUUGAAAGCUUACAAAACUGCUUGUCAGAGAUUACCCCAGAAAACAAUCACUUUACAUUUGGAAGAACCAGGAAAUCUUUCUCUCGCCGAUUUUAUGAUGAUGACUUACACGGAAUUAUCAACUUGCAAGAAAAAAGUUGUUCAGUCUUGGGUUAAACCACAUGCCUUAAAUGAAUCCAAUCCGAAAUUGUGAACUAUCUCUUCAGAUUUUGAAUGUAAAUUAAGAAAAUAUCAAACAAUUCCAUACACACUCAACAUAUAUUUGAAUUUGUACAGUACAUGUUACACACAAUUAGAUCACUGAGACAAAACAGGCAACACUUGGGUAUUUAUGGAUAUUUUAUACGAAAUAAAUAUAU